AUGUCCGCGCCGACUUCUCCCAGACGCUCGUCUGAGUCUGCAGGACCCGAAUCCAGUGAUCAUACGAUUCCAGUUGCGGGGUCCGGCCACACCCGUAGCCUUUCCGGUGAGGUCCAGCCAAAAAGCCACCGGAGAUCGAUACAAUUUAGCGUCGACUCUGCAGAGUCUCAACUGCCCAGUCGUUCAACGAGCAUCAAGGAAAAGCGGCUGUCAUAUGCGGAUACCCCAACAAGGGAAUUGGAAGAAAGGGAAAAAAAGGAACGGGAACACAAAGCUGCCCAAUUGAACCGAGGGCCAUCGCCGCCACCACCGAAAACCUACGAGCGAGGCGUCUCUUUCGACACAUUUGACAAUUUCGAUGCGACCGAUUUCUCCCUCACAUUGAACUACAAACACAAAGGUUACCAGAGCACACGUCGCAGCAGGACAUUUUUGUGCGGAACUGAUCAGAACGACUACUCCGAAUUCGCCCUCGAAUGGCUCAUUGACGAGCUGGUGGAUGACGGCGACGAGAUCGUCUGUCUUCGAGCGGUGGAGAAGGACUCGCGUAUAGCCAGCGAUGUCGGAAUCGAGGAGCGGAAGUACCGUGAGGAAGCCGAGAAGCUGUUUGAGCAGGUGAUCCAGAAAAAUACCCAGGAUGAGAAGGCUAUCAGCUUGGUCCUGGAACUUGCUGUAGGCAAGGUUGAGAGCAUCAUCCAACGCAUGAUUCGGAUAUACGAGCCUGCAAUGCUUGUAGUCGGUACACGAGGGCGCAACUUGAAAGGCGUGCACAGUCUGCUCCCAGGCUCCGUCUCCAAAUACUGCCUCCAGCAAUCACCUAUCCCGGUGAUCGUCGUCCGUCCUUCACCGAAGCGCGAAAAGAAAAAGAAAAAGCGCCGUGCAGACCCAACACGCCGCAGCUACAACCAUAUCCUAGAAAUGAGCGAGCAACGCGGCAGUCAGAUAUUCGGCGCCAGCUCUAGCAAUGAUAGCAGUACUUCGAAGCUACCAGACGAGGAGGCCGCAGUGGCAGAGGCACUUGGACUUCCCGCAUCAUACUCGAAUGCGGCCUCGCGGAGUUCUUUGUCAGUCUCAGAUCGCAGUAGCAUUAGCCACGACGACUCCGACACUAAUUACCCCCGGAACUCACUGGAUGCAAUGCUUAUGGCGAGUCCGAGUAUCAGAAGUCCAGCAGAUAGCUCUCAGGAGAGCGUCGCCACUGGCAGUAGUGUCCAGCCAUCUCCUUCAGUGGACAGGACUGUUGUCUCGCCUUCUCCAUCUAACCAUCUCGACACUCCUGCGUCAGACUCCUCUACCGAGGUUGACAAGGCAGAUGGGGUGAACGAGACUUCUGAUUCAAUCAAGAAUCCCGUGUCUAUCCCGAUGAUUGAAGUGUCAGGCAACGAUGAUGAACACGACGACACGAAACAAUCCGAAUCUUGA